UCCACACACACUGACACUGUUGCCGAUUGAGUUUCCUGAAAAUUGGCACAGUAGUAGUACCUAUGUAAAUGUGCCAAGGAUUUUUUCCCAACAGGUUCUUCAUUCUAUUCAGUUUUCCGUUUCUCGAUGGUUAAUUAGUCAAAGCUUCCAGAAUUGUGACUCAACCUGACGGAACAGAAGAUGGACAACAAGGAAGAACAUAUUGUUGCUUUAAAAGUGAUGCGGCUGACGCGGCCGACGCUCUACAGUAACCCGGUGGUGUCGUGCGACCCGCGCGACCUGCCAGGCACCACGCUGUCGGCGGCGCCGGACGUGACGCGCCUGCCGCACCUGCCGCAUCUGCAGCUCGGCGAGAUGCUCCUCCUGCCGCAGAGCUUCGGGAGUAUCUACCUGGGCGAGACGUUCUCGUGCUACCUGUCGGUGCACAACCACAGCACGGGCGCCACGGCGUGCGAGCUGACGGUGCGCGCCGAACUGCAGACGGGCUCCCAGCGGCUGACUCUGACACCCACGGCCGGCGCCGACCGGCCGGCCAGCCUGGCGCCGGCCGCCAGCCGCGACCACCUCAUCCAACAUGAGGUCAAGGACACCGGCGCACACAUACUCGUGUGCGCCAUCAACUACACCACCGAGGCGGGCGUCAACAUGUUCUUCCGCAAGUUCUUCAAGUUCGAGGUCCUCAAACCCCUCGACGUCAAAACAAAGUUAUACAACGGGGAGUAUGAUGAAAACGCUGUCUUUUCGGACGAGGUGUGUCUGGAGGCGCAGAUUCAGAACGUCACGCCAUCCGCCAUCUGUAUGGAGACAGUCACUCUGGAGCCGUCGCCGCUCUUUGACGCUGUGGACCUGAACACGAGCGCGGAGGGGGACGGCUCUGUGUUCGGCGCCAGCGGCUGGCUGGGACCCCAGGACAGCCGGCAGUACCUGUUCUGUCUGCGGCCGCGGCCCGAGCUGCGGCUCGCCUCCGCCAAACAGCUCAAGGGCGUCACCAACAUGGGCAAACUGGACAUCACGUGGCGCACCAACCUGGGCGAGCGCGGCCGGCUGCAGACGAGUCAGCUGCAGCGCAUGGCGCCGACCUACGGGGACCUGCGGCUCACCAUUGAGGACAUCCCCAGUGUGGUAGCUCUCGACCAGACGUUCACGUUCACGUGCCGCGUGCACAACGCCAGUGACCGCACGCUGGCACUGGCGCUGCGUCUGGAGACUCCGUCGGCCGGUCUGGUAUGGCGCGGGGUCAGCGGCCGGCCGCUGGGUCGGCUGGCGGCCGGCGCCAGCGCCACCGUACCUCUCACGCUCACGGCGCGCCGGCUCGGUCUGCAGCCGGUCACCGGUGUGCGGCUGCUGGACGCCGCGCUCAACCGGCCCUACGACUACGAAAACCUGGCACAGGUGUUUGUGGCGGCUCCGGCGCCGGCCGAGCGGCAACCGGAGACCGCGGCCUGCUGAGGGAGCGUGUCCGGCAGCCGGAGACCGCCGCCUGCUGAGGGAGCGUGCCCGGCAGCCGGGGACCGCGGCCUGCUGAGGGAGCGUGUCCGGCAGCCGGAGACCGCCGCCUGCUGAGGGAGCGUGCCCGGCAGCCGGGGACCGCGGCCUGCUGAGGGAGCGUGUCCGGCAGCCGGAGACCGCGGCCUGCUGAGGGAGCGUGCUCUGGCAGCCGGAGACCGGAGUUUGCUGGGGGGGGGGGGGGGCGGCAGCCUUAGUCUGCUGAGGGAGAGUGCCCUGGCAGCUGCAGACCGUGGUCUGCUAAGGGGGAGCGUGCUGCCCGGAUCGGUGGUCAAAGAUCUAUAUCCAAUAUCUAUAUAUGUUGAUGGAAGAUGAAUACAUUCCCUAUAUGCUCUGUGA